CGACCGGAGGCCCAGCGCUGGAACGCGGGGAGCCCGGCGUGCCAUUCUGGUGGGCCAGGCAUGGAGGGCGCUGGCCCCGUGUUGAGUAUUCUGGGGCUGCUGCUUGUGUCUGCACUUUUUGGAGUCCUUGGGGAGCGACCCAGCGCCGAUCUGGGGGCACACCCAGAACGGGGCUCCCAGGUCAGUCCCGGAGCCACCGAACCUCGGCGGCAGCCGCCACCCAAGGACCAGCGCGAACGAGCCCGGGCCGGAUCGCUGUCUUUGGGCGCUCUGUACACCGCGGCCGUCGUGGGUUUUGUGCUGUUCAAGUGUUUGCAGCGCCCUGAUGAGGCUGCUGCUCUCAGAGAGGAAAAAAACAAGGAGAAAUCCUCGCAGUCAGAACAACAGCUGGUGCAGCUGACACAACAGCUGGCCCAGACGGAGCAGCACCUGAACCUCCUGAUGACACAGCUGGAUCCCCUUUUUGAACGGGUGACAACUUUGGUUGGAACCCAGCGGGAACUUCUAGACACAAAACUAAAGACCAUCCGCCACCUUCUACAAGACUGCCAGCCUGGCACAGGGGUGGAGGUUCCAGAACCAGAGGCCAGCAUACCCUUUCCUGAGGACCUGGGGAAAGAAGACCAAGAAGAAGCUGGAAACAGUCAGGCCUGGGAAGAAACCAUAAACUGGAGCCCAGAGACAUGGAACCUAGCUCCCUCCUGGGAGGUGGAGCAGGGGCUGAGGAGAAGGUGGCACAAGAUGGUGACAAAGGGUCCAGCAGUAAAUGGGGGACAACCACUGAAGGUUUAGUAAAAGCAGUCGCCUCAUA